GCGCUCUUUAAAUCUACGUCAGCCCUUCGCAUUUAGUUGUUGAAAAGCUACGUGGCCAUUUCUUCUUCUACUUUCUGCCUUCUGGUUUAGUGCUACGUGGAAAACAGCCCAAACAACAUGGAUCAGGUGAUGCAGUUUGUUGAGCCCAGCCGGCAGUUUGUCAAAGACUCUAUAAGGCUUGUAAAAAGAUGCACAAAACCCGACAGAAAAGAGUUUCAGAAGAUCGCUAUGGCCACAGCAAUUGGGUUUGCCAUCAUGGGUUUCAUCGGUUUCUUUGUCAAGCUCAUUCACAUCCCCAUCAACAACAUCAUUGUUGGUGGCUGAAUCCUGAUCAACAGCACAAACGUGGACACGCACAGAAAGUGUUAUUGGACUGGUGUGAUGGGGAAACUGAAAGGGCAACAUUUUUACAUUCUGUUCACUUUUUUUAUUUUGCCAUGUAAAUAAAAGAACAAGUGGAAAGCCAAA